AACUCUUAUUUCUUCAAUUUUGCUUCUGUGUUUUGGGAUUCUUGAUUCGGGUCUGCAUGGUGGUGAUGUUGAUGGUCAAAGAUGAUGUGUUGAAUUUUUUAUCUGGUUUGUUGGAUUUGGGACUGUGAUGAUUUCUGGUUUGUGUGGACCUGGUUCCCUAGUGGACUAAACUUGUGUGGUCUGUGUAUUUUUUGUGGGAUUAUAUUAUACAGAUCAGCUGAAUUUGGGAGGGAGUUUGCUAUUCGAUCGUUUUCAGUUUUUUUUUUUUUUUUGUACUCAGUUGAAUGACCAUUGACCAAUGGGUGUUGCUUUUGGUGGAAGGGACUAAAAAUCGAAUCUCUGCUGGGAGAUGUGCAUACAUUUAGUGUUAGACAGUGUCUCGAACAAAAUUGUCUCAAUAUUUGAGACUAUACUUUAUAGACCCUCCCCUGAUAGAAUUAAUCUAAAGAGCAGCCCCAAUAAAGAAAAUUAUAAAAGAUAUGAUUACUCUGGCUACGGACAGUCAUCAGGGAAGCCUAGUGAACAUAAUACUUAUGCUGAUAUUGAAGCUGCAUAUAAGUAUCUGGAAGAGAACUAUGGUGUUAAGCAGGAAGACAUCAUCCUUUAUGGUCAAUCUGUUGGAAGUGGUCCUACUUUGGAUCUUGCUUCUCGUUUACCCCGUCUAAGGGCUGUUGUUCUCCACAGUCCUAUACUAUCAGGGCUGAGAGUCAUGUACCCUGUGAAACGGACAUACUGGUUUGACAUUUAUAAGAACAUUGAUAAAAUUCCAUUGGUGAAGUGUCCAGUGCUAGUAAUUCAUGGAACUGCUGAUGAGGUUGUUGAUUGCUCUCAUGGCAAGCAGUUGUGGGAGCUAUGUCAACAAAAAUAUGAACCUUUGUGGCUCAAAGGAGGAAAUCACUGUAAUUUAGAACUCUAUCCUGAAUACCUUCGACAUCUCAGAAAAUUCAUAUCCUCGGUAGAGAAGCCACCAUCACAAAGAGUGAGUUUCAGGAGAAGCAUAGACAGCAGAGUUGAACAAUCCAGAGGAAGUACUGAUUGCUUUGAAACACCGAGGAAGAGCACUGAUCAGAGGGACAAACCAAGGAAAAGUACUGAUAGGACAGAUAAACUGAAAUUUCAUGAAUUCAAAUUCAAUAAUACAGAAAAGUUAGAGAAGAUAAGAGUCCAAUUUGAUCAGAUGGAGAGAUCACGAAGAAGCGUAGAGUAUAAUGAUAAAUCAAGAAGCAUUGAGUUCCAAGAUAAAUCCAGGAGAAGUGUUGAUGUUCAGUUUGAGAGGCCACGGAAGAGCAUUGAUUGGCUGGAUAGAAUUCGAGCUAGCUGAACCUCUUGAAGCAUAAGUAAUAUUGGUACUGGGUUUGCUACAUGGGAGGAAAAGGUACAAAGAUACAGACACAGUUACUUACACCGGGGUUUUAACUUAUGGUUUGCAGAAUGCAUAUGUUACACAUGCAGUUUCAUACUUUCGUUGCAAUGUUCAUGUAGAUUUGGAUAUGUUGGGACUUGGGAUUUGAUAUCCUUAGUUUUUUCAUUGUUAUUAUUAUUUGCAAUUGAAGCGACUCUAACCUUGUGUUAGUCAUGAGAAAGAAAAUGAACAUCAUGUCAAAGGUGGUUGCUGCUAUAAUUUAUAAAAGUUCAAAUGGAUUGAAUAUCCUUAUUGAUUUUGCC